AUGGCGAAGAUUCCAUCGCGGCCUAACCCAACCGUCACCAUCCCCCUGGACCACGCCCUCAGUCCUGAACCGAGCACUCCUCCACCGGAGUACACCGAAUUCCCGAUCCAGGAGUUGAUCGCAGGACCCUCGAUACAAUCACCCCGCGCGACUUCUCCGCCAGCGCUCGAGAUUGAGACUAUUCCGGCGCGGCCAGGAACUGCGCACUUGUUGCCACAGACACGUAUUCGUGAUCCCCAGAGCAGCCCCCGUGCGUACCAGGUAGAACGACCGGCAGAAGCCACGAAUCCAGGGCAAGCAAUCCAAACUAGUGAUAUUCAGGCGAGAUAUCCCUCGCAAUGGGAAGAACAUAGGAACCAAGUCGAUCCUCGAUGUCGUAGAGGCGACCACGUCCCAGUCAGAAAAUACGGCCUGAUUGGCAUCUUGAACUCGAUUUUCUGCUUCCCCCUGGGGCUUCUCUGCCUCCUUGUCGAUCAGGAGGAAACAUGCUUGCGGUGCGGAAAACACUUGGGAGGGGAGAUUAUGUUUUGA